GAGAUUUUUUUAUAGCGUAUAUAAUUACAUUAAGAAAACCCUCAGUAUAAUAUAUGCCUGUCAUCGCCUUCUCUAUCGCCUAUCUGUCAUGAGACCUGAUGUCUAAUUCACAUUCUUUCGCUCCAGAUUUUGAUGCCCUGGUCACCCUACAACUAACAUGGCGGACAAUUCCUCUUGAAGAAGCCUGGAUCUGUCAUGUCACUUUCAACUUACAGCACACCAUCUUCGUCGCGUAUAUCAAAGCCUACAAGACGUGAAUCAAUUGUGUAAGAUGGUCUUUUAGUUCRCAAACAAAUUGUCGUACAAUAGAGACAACAUGGCUACUAGUUGAAAAUUAUGCUGGAGCCGUUGAUUAAAAAUAUAGCUUCGGGUCGGUGAGCAAUCUCGAGUCGUGGAUGAGUGGCUAAGAUUCUAUGAACAGAAGAAUAGCUUUUAAAGAAAUCGCGAUGGGAGUCAGAGAAUAUGUUACCGUUCUGCUAUUAACGGGGAUAUUUAUCGUUAGCCACUUGCAAGGAGGAACUGUCGAAGGAAAAUUAGAAAUGCUGCGAAAUCCAGGUGACAAUGUGGUUGGGAGCAUAGAACCGAUCUGUGUGCCGACAGCGAACUCGUCUUGUAGUGAUUUCGAUAUCAAUGGAAUUCUAAAGGUUGAAGCUAUAAUUUAUGCUGUAGAAAGUAUUAACAAGCAAGCUCAAGAGCUCGGGAUUARUGGUACUUUGGGGUACGAAAUAAGGGAUCCGGCUCAGGAUGGAGUUUAUAAAUCACUGCUCGAUYUGAUUGAAACGCAUAAAAAGCCUCGUCAAAAGCCAAUGGCAGUGAUCGGAAGUCUUUCUGGUAACGGACUGAAGGAUAAUCUAUUUUUGCUGCUAAGUCAACAGAUGACUCAUGUGAGCUGUGACUCAACAUCAGUAGUGAAUAAUGACUUAAUUAUAGAAUCUGAUAUUAUUUUCCACGUCUAUCCUUCCGACAGAACAAGCAUCAAGUCGAUGGUGGGUUUUAUUGCUAAAAAUAACUGGAGUUACAUUGGAGCAGUCACGGACGACAAAGCAGACAGUGUGUUGCCUGCACUAAAAGAUGAGAGCAUUGAUGUCUGUGUAGGCGCUACGUAUAAGCUGCCAUACUACGCGAAUGAUCAACAGAUUGCUCAGUUUGUAAGGAAAAUGAACGCUGAAAAAAACUACACUGUUAUUGUUGCACUGACGAACCACGAGCUAACCAAGAAAAUCCUAGCAGAGGCGUCGAAGCAAAAGGUGAAGGGGUUGACUUGGGUUGUUGGACAACGAGCCUGGCCAAACACUAGACCCAUCCCUCRACCAAACUCAGCAUCACAAGGGAUGUUCAGUAUAUUGUCUCGUAAAAGUACCACUGGUUUCGUGGAUCACUUGCGCAGCUUGUCAUCCGGAACAAAGAAAAUUAAAAAUAUCUGGCUCCGAGAGUUGGCUUCAAAGAGCAAUCCUCCUCUUAAUGGUUCGAGUUCUGCUAACGCGUCGGCUCCAACGACUGCUCCAAGUUGCGACUACGACGCCAAUCCUAUGUGUGGCAUGGAUCAGAGUAAACUUAAAGCUGCCGUGGAUAAGAUGAUCAGUGCUGUGGAAGAUUCUGCUUGCACGAUUGAUGCAGUUUUUACUAUUGCAAAAGCCCUGGCAGAAAAGCAACGCUGUAUGAAGUCUCCAGACUGCACCGAAGAUGUUACUAAGUUUCAUAACUUUGUUCGACGAUUGGAUUUUACCAAUCCUUUGACUCGAAGUCGCAUCAGCUUCACGCCCAAGGGCUACCUUAACUACACCCUCUACCACAUCUAUAACUAUCAACAGAAUUAUAGUAGAAUUACUACGGACUUAAACAAAUACCUUAAAGCAGUGGAUAUCGGAACUUGGGCCUAUUCUCCAGAAGUUGAACCUAAACUGAAACUAUCUUUAGAAAGAAUUGAGUGGCAUGGAGGGCAUUCCAAGAGACAAGAUUCACGCUGUCAUGAGGUUUGUACGACAGGAAAAUACAGAGCAUUGAAAAAGGAAAAAGUUGGAGCUGAAUGCUGCUGGGAGUGUCAAAGGUGUCCCAAGGAUACGUAUUCCGAUACAAAAGAUGCAUUGAAUUGUAAAAAGUGUCCUGAAAAUGAACGAGUUAGUUUGACUCAAACCGGUUGUGUUCCUUACUUUGAAGACUACGUCCACUGGGAACAUGGCGGAAGUUUAGUGAUCUUAUUUCUGAUGGUAGUUGGCCUGUGCUUUAGUAUUUAUGUUAGUUUUGUGCUGUUUCGAAGCGUUGACACUCCCAUUAUGAAGAACGCCAAAAGUGCCGUUCCCUACUUGCUGCCAUUUAUGGUGAUUAUGUUCCUACUUCCAUUUCCUUUGCUUGGCAGGCCAACUGAAAUAUCCUGCGAAGGUUACCGUGUAUUCUUCAUCCUUGCACUGGGUAUCCCUUUAGCUGUACUACUUGCAAAGUCUCAUUUCUUCGACAAUCGCUGCAAGGAUCAGAGUAACAGCAGUGGUAUGUGCACUCCAAGGUUUAGCAUCGUCUGUUUUAUUGUUCUAUGCCAUGUUUUCGUGGCCUUGAUACUUGGCCUGGUAAUUCCCGCGAAAGUCAACAAGAUUCCAACCGACCUCCCUCAUACUGUAUUCCUGGAAUGCUCAUACCAUUCCUCGCACGAGUUCUUAGUCGUACUUUUCUAUACCUUGUUCCUGGCCAUCUUGGUUGCUGUGUUCUCUUUAAACGAAAUCUUAUCGGAAGAAAACUUCAAGGAAGUAAAGUGGAUUUCAUUUGCAUUGUUUAAUUGGUACACCAUUACGUUCUUCUACGUGGUUGUCAGUUUUGGAAUCCAUUUUCAUGCCAAGGUAAUAUUGCUCGCCCUUUUGGAUCUUUUCUAUGCUUCAAACAUCUUUGCCUGUUUGUAUCUUCCGAAAUGGUUCAUCGUAGUUUUUAGGCCGGAGAAAAACCGUUCUGAUGUCUCUCCAUGGACAGAUUACAUCAAGACACAAGAGAGAAUUUCCGAACGCUUAUCGGCGCCCGAGGAGUCUCCGAUUUUGGCCAAAAAAGGAACACCAGCUGAAAAGGAUCAAACACCCGAGGCAAAAGGGUUGAUGGCUGAUACAGAUAUCUAGACAAGAGGUUUUAACACCGCGGCUUCUUUAUUGGAAACAAAGAAACUUGUGUUUCAACUAAGAAUUUUAUAUUUUAUUCAAAAAAGAAAAAGCAUUAGGUUUUUCGAAUUCUCAGCUCUCGUAAAAGAACAAUGUUACCAAAAACUUGAAAGAAAUCUCGCCUAUUUAUACGAAUAUAGAACAGUAGGGAAAGAGUGUUGGAUUUCGUAUUGAAAGAAAAGUUAUUUCAUGAUAGAUAAUGUUGGAAAUUACCUUUAUUGUGAGGCAAACUGUGAUGAAAAUGUGGAUUAAUUAAAAUCCUCACAUUGCAUUGAAAAGUUAUGGGGUUUCUUUUUUUUUUGUUUUUGUUUUUGUUUUUGUUUUUUUUUUGUUUUUUGUUUUUUGUUUUUUUUUUUCAUUUUGUGCUUUAUUGUUAAAGUUAGCCUUGUAUUCAAAAUAAUGUUUAGAGCAGUGUAUUAGCAUGAAUGAAGAACAUAGUUAUUUCUUUAGAAAUUUACAGUAAUUGUGUUUUCUAGAAUUUUAAUUUGCUGAUUUUUUUUUGCCGUGACUUUGGCGUGACCGUGUCCACGCCGUGUUCAAGCGGGUGUUCUGGGUAUUUGAUUGGAUGGAGAGUGAAUUCUCGUGCAAUGUGAUUGGUCUGGCUUAUCCCUAGCUGUGUCACGACCGUGUUCGUGCCGUGAGCUUUUCACAGUCAUGCGACAACUGCACUAUUUAAGGAAUGUAAAACGCGCGCCCAUGUCUCUGUACGAUAAACACGCUGGGACUUGUAGAGUACGAGAGAAGCAAGCUUAGGAACACGAGGCAUAGCCAAGUGUCUCUCUUGCUUUUCAAGUGUUCUACAGCUCCAAGAGUGUUAAUUCACAAUACAGAGAUAUAAGCAGCCGUUUUAUAUUGCUUUUAUUAUAAAAAUUUGGAGAACUUUGCGUGAGCGUGUCUCUGUCUCUGAUAUAAACACGGUAGCCAGCCAAUCAGCGCGCACGUUAUGCUUCAAUAUAUAUGUAUAUAUAUAUAUGGCAGCCAAUCUAUAAAUCUGACGAUGUUAUAGAUAUUGUAGAAUGUUUAUGACACACUAUGGACUAUAUAUAUACCCUUAGUGCAAAGAUAAGCUUUAAAGAUAGGUUUCUUGAUAUUAUAAUUCAACAUUAAAGCCGUC